AUGCUCAAGAAGAAGAGUAAGGCUAGUGGUUUUGCUCCUGAUUUAAGUGCCCAAAGAUCGAUGUCGAUUGAAGGAGAAGAGAUGCCAUGGGCCUUCAAUGUCAGCAGGAAGUCAAGGAGUGAUGGAGUUGUUGAUGUUGAUGCAAGAGAGGUGAACGUUGGCAAGGCCAUGGGUGUUGGUGAAAAGAAUAUCCAAGAAGGCCUAGAUGGUGCCGAAGGUGAGGCGACCCAGACAUCUGGUGCCGAGGGUAAAGAGGAUUCAAGCGCCGAAGUCAUGGCGUCAAUGGAUAGUGAUGGUGUGCUGGUGAGGCUGAUCGUGGAAGAGCGAGCAAUCCGAAGAAGGGGUGCUACAGGGCAAUGGUUGCAGGCGGUGGAGCCAGCAAGUGACAUUGCUAGGUACUGGUCAUGGCCAAGCGAGCACGCCAACGGCGUCGCUAAGCGUAGGGAAAGUGGGCGUGUAAGUGGUGUUGUGCACUGUGGGUGCUGA